AUGGCAAGGAGCAGCAGACCCCAUUCUUUCAUUUCUACCCUCGACACUCGUUUAUAUACUCCCAACGAUACCUUCCUACAACGACCUCACAUACUCACACAGUCAACUACACCUACAACUACACCAACCACCAAAACCCAAAAAUCAAGAAAAAUGGGUGUCCCAGAAUCCGAAUCCCCCGCCGUCCAACAGCAAAAUGAAUGGUCCAACGGCUUCUGGGACUGCUGCUCUCCCGCAGGGACCUCUAACGUAUACCGAACCCAGGCUUCUGGGGCUGUUGUCUCCCCUGCUGUCUCUUCGUGCUGUCUCUACUACCUAACAGCCCAAGUAGGUUUCCACUGGGUUCUCCUCAUGAUUCGCCGCGGGGAGAUCCGCCAACGCUUCGGCAUCGAGGGCUCCGGUGUCAGCGACUGCUGCUCGUCGUACUGGUGUCCGUGCUGCGUGAUCGUGCAGCAGGAGAAAGAGAUUGAAGCGCAGAGUGAACGCCUGCAGACGGGGUAUCAGGCACCGGCGGGUAUGGCUUAUGCGCCUCAGUGA